GUCGGACAUUGCCGAAGUACUGUAUAUUACCAAUCAGCCACAACCCUCCGUGCAGCGAUUGGUGUAUUGACGCGGCCCAAACGACCUCAAGACCUCUGCUCAAGGCUCAAAAUAAUGUAAGUCCAGACAGCAAAAUCCCAGGAAAGUCUUGACGGAACUGACUAACGAAACCCCAUCAACAGCUCCCCAAAUGGCUCAACGCGUCACCCUCCGUAAACGCCAACCCUACAACACCACCUCAAGCCGCAGACGCAUCGUAAAGACACCAGGUGGAAAACUCGUAUACCACCACCUCAAGAAACUUCCUACUCAGCCAAAAUGCGGUGAUUGCGGUAUUGGUCUUCCUGGUGUCCCUGCUCUCCGUCCCCGCCAAUAUGCAACGAUUUCAAAGCGCCAAAAGACUGUGUGCAGGGCUUAUGGUGGUUCGCGAUGCGGAGACUGUGUCAAGUCGCGCAUCCUACGAGCAUUCCUUGUCGAGGAGGCAAAGAUAGUCAAGAAGGUCAUCAAAAGCCAACAGAAGGCAGGAGGCCGCAAGUAAAUAGUAAUACUUUGGUCUUUUGGAGUGGUCGUUUUAUGACUAUGGAUCCUCAUGCAUUUUUCAUUUCGUUUGUCACAUCCAUGUAGAACCGCACCAUCAAAAUCCAGACCGAGGUUAGUAUGCAGUCGUUUGAAC